AUGACAGACACCAUUCGAUUUCCAUCGGGUCUCCUGAAGGCAGCAGAGGUCAAUCCUUCUACGCUCGAGCAUUUCUGCAAUUUUGCAUGCUGCGGCCAGUCAGGCUGCAGAGGAUGUGUACAGCCUACACUGUGGUACUACGAUUGUUUAACAUUUUCAACUGACCAAGAAUUGCCUAGGGAUUCCCAGUCUAGCAUAGACAUUGUUGAUGAAGAUGAAGAAAUUGAACAAGAGGGGUCUAGUGGCCGAGUGUUUAGCGUGUCUGUCUUCACUUCCACGACCCGAGUUCGAAUCCUGCCGUUUCUACAGGUUUAUCCGGGUGGCCGACCUCCGGUCAACCCAGCUGUCUAUCCUUUUGAGGUUGAUAAAUGCGUAAACGACGUAAGUUGUUGCAUGUUAGCCGACGAGAUGGCUCAGUGGUUCGAAUGCUCUCUGAGUCAAACCUCUCAAUGGCUAUCAUUAUACUCAGCGUAUAGAUGCGAUGCUUGCGCGUGCACAUAA